AUGGCAAACUCAAGAACGGAGAGAGUCGCGGACGGGACAAUCAGUCCCAAUCACUCUGUGCGCUCUUCCAUCUCCAUGCACACUACAGCACGAGGACGAGAGUUCCGAGCGGAGUCACCGAGUCAAGGAGCGGCCGGUGCCUUUGAAGAGGAAGAUGACGAGGAGACCGACGCUUUGCGAAGUAUUUCGGUGGGUCGAGAAGAAGGAGUGAACGGAACUGCGUGGGAUGAGUCGGAUGAGGAGCAAGAGAACGAGGAAGGAGGAGAAGAGGGCCAUACGGACUCGGAAGAUGAGGGUGCUCCCUUGGCUCUGUCCAGUGGCGGACACCAAGAGCGCAGAAGGAUUGUCAGACCAGUCCGGGGCACCAGCGGUGAAAAUGAAGCCGAGCGGGGUGGCGGAAGAGCCAGAGCAGACUCUUAUCUCCAAACGCUCAAACCCUCUUCUACUCGCACGAAGCGCUAUUGGAAGUGGCUCACUCACUCCUCACCAGCGCACGCCUCGCUCUCAGCGCCUCACGUUAGCUCCAACUUGUUCGCUGCCUCGCUCCAUCCUGCGGUUCUCCUCUCCAUGCCCUACUACUUCGAGAGAACGGGCAUAGCAGCUGGGGUGGGAGGCCUAGUCGUCGUUGCCAUUCUUGGAGGUGCGGGCGGUGGCCUCUGGGUCGUGCUUAGCCGCUACGUCAAAGGGUCGACCGUCGAGGCGAUCACUGGAGCGAGCUUUGGUAGGCACACGCGCUGGAAGGGCAGCUUGGGGCGAGCCUUUUCUGGUAUCCUCUUGGCGGUGUAUGCGACCGGUGCAGCGGUCAUUGCGUACUUUGCGCUUGCCGAUCUCCUACUCCAAGUGCUUUUUCACUAUUUUCCGUCCGGAAGUGCGCUGCACGAUCGGGCGCUAGUCACGCUUCUCAUUGGUGGCCUCCUGACCACUCCUUUGGUCGUGUUCCCUCUCGCCAAGCGGACCCUGAUUCGAUUGUCGACCUUCUUCGCCGUCUCGCUCUAUCCUGUCAUCCUGGCCAUAGCGCUGUCGAAAGUCUACACGCUUGCGCCAGACGACUCUCACACACCGCACGACAAGCCAAACUUGGAUCCUCACGACGAAAUUCCAAGUUUCAAUCCUUUGCACGAUCCCAGCGUGUGGGCGCCCUACUCUUUGCUGCCUCUUUUGACCCUCUCGAGCAGUCCGUUGCAAAUUCUGGCGCACAAUAGGAGCUUGCGAAGAAGAGGUCUCAGUGGAAGCAAUGUCAAGGCUUUCUUGGCCGCCCAAGCUGCCCAAGUAUUCUUCGUGGUUGGCUUCAGUGUCGCUUUCGGCAUUGGCGUGGGAACGCAAGGCAUCAAAGAUCGGAUGGGCGUCGACAUUCAUCGUGAGUUUCUCGUUCUAGUGUCCCACGGAAGCUAA